AUUAAAACGCCUACAGUUAAACCACAAGAACAAGACAUCAGACUCGAUCGACCAGGGAACAUGGAAAACAGCCCUGGUGGUGGUGUUAUCCUGUACGCCGGCUCCUCUGGCAGUGCCAGCCCCAGUCCUGGCAGUCCUUCAAGUGGAUACCAGACCCAGUCGCCCUCCUCCCACUCACAGCCAUCGUCCCCUGAGGGUGUCUCCUUUCAGGAGAUUGGGGCCCUGAGGCAGAGGGAACAAGGGAGUGGCACGCCUUCUCCAAAAGUCUUCCAGUUUCCCGAAGUGAACAAUGCUCCCGUUGCCCAGGUCACCACAGCGGCAUCAUCAGCCACCUACAGCCAUCCCACAGUGGCCAAGAGACCUUGUGGUUUCACUGGCACAUUCACCAAAACCGGGGGUAUGGUGCUUCUGUGUAAAGUGUGUGGAGACAUCGCAUCAGGGUUCCACUAUGGCGUACAUGCCUGUGAGGGCUGCAAGGGUUUCUUCAGACGCAGUAUUCAACAGAACAUCCACUAUAAGAUGUGCGUGAAGAAUGAAAACUGUCUUAUCAUGAGGAUGAACAGAAACCGCUGCCAGCACUGUCGCUUUAAGAAGUGUCUUUCCGUGGGCAUGUCCAGAGAUGCUGUCCGUUUCGGCCGUAUUCCCAAAAGGGAAAAGCAGAGACUACUGGAUGAGAUGCAGAGCUACAUGAACAGCCUGAACGAAUCAGCUUCCAUGGAAAUGGAGGCGUCAUCUCCUCCCGAGGCCCUGACCAACUCACAGAACCAGACGACCAAGGGCUCCACACAGCAGUCCUACCAGAGCAGCUUAACCAACAGUGACGAGAAGCCCCUGAAGAUGGCCUCCCACAACAACAACAACAACAGCGUCAGCACUUCCUCUUUCCAGAACACUUUGGUGCAGGAAUCUGCCCUGUCUCACUCCUCCACCCAGACACCACACACAGGUUCUGGGAAUCAGAUGAACGUGACGUUAAGCUACAACACCACCACAAACUGCCUGGUCGAACCCAAGGAUGAGUCCACCGAUACCAGCGUCGAUAAUAGAAACUACAGCUUCUCCUCCAAUCACAAUCAAUGUCCAGUUAGUGGAAACCUAUCUCCUCGGUCAUACCUGUCCAAUCAGAGCUCCUUCCAAGCUAACGAUUCCCAGCAUCCAACCAGCUGCCCUUGGAAGCUGAGUGGGAGUUCCAAAGUGCUGGCAUGUCCACUCAACUCCUGUCCUGUAGCUCCUGCUAAUCGAUCCAGCCAGGAGGUGUGGGAGUCGUUCUCCCAGUGCUUUACCCCAGCUGUCAAAGAAGUGGUGGAGUUUGCAAAGAGCAUCCCAGCAUUCCAGACUCUCAGCCAGCACGACCAGGUCAUGCUGCUCAAAUCAGGCACUUUCCAGGUCCUGAUGGUCAGGUUCUGCUCCCUGUUUAAUGCCAAGGAGAAGACAGUGACCUUCCUGAAUGGUCAAACGUACUCCUUGGCGUCGCUGCGGGCUCUGGGCAUGACCUCUCUACUGGACUCCAUGUUCGAUUUCAGUGAGAAGCUCGGUUCCUUGGGUCUGGAGCCGGACGAGAUGGCACUGUUCAUGGCUGUGGUGCUUGUAUCAGCUGACCGCUCUGGUGUUGUGGAUGUGGGGGCAGUGGAGCUGCUGCAGGAGAACUUAAUCAAAGCUCUGAGAUCUCUCAUGACCAGCCGCCGCCCUGACGACAGCACCAUCUUCCCAAAGUUGCUGCUUCGUCUGCCGGACCUGCGUACUCUGAACAACCAGCACUCUGACAAACUUUUAGCAUUUCGCAUUGAUCCUUGAGUCCUGGUGGCCUCAGCUUGCCCCACGCUCCUCACGGGAUAAUGUGUGAGCUAUGCCAAGAAAACAGCUGCGAGAAAGUGGACUCACAAAAAAAAAAAAAAAAAGCUAAGGACGGAUGCACAGCAGGAGGCACAGGCUCCUGAACUCAAACCUAUCUCUUCUCCACUCACUUCCAGGAUUGCUAGAUAAAAAAAUGUAUUACAACAUAGACAAUGUUCUUCCAUGAUUGUUUUUUUUUUAAUUUAACAUCAAACUAACAAUGUAUACAUUUCUCCUCCUGGAUCUGGUUUCUUGUCUGACCAAGACCAAAUAGAGAGAGCGCGUCUUGUACCUCACCAGAUCUGGUUGGCCUUAUCUAAAACUCAGAGCUACAAGAGCUGGAAAGAGGCAAACGGGCAGCUCUACUAGGAGAAAAAAAUAUACAAGCCUUCAGCAGCUAUGAGUUCAUUCUUAACAUUCAUGCUAUCAGUGUAAAAUGCACUUUCCUUCUCUUGACAUUACUAUAUAAUGACCUAAGCUAUUUUCACAUCACGUGAGAAAUCCUUGACUGACAAGUAGGUAUAAAAAUUGUAAGAAGCGAUUCGUGUGUUCUCUUGUAAAUUGUGUACAUAGACUUUAUUCUCUGUUCAUACCCUCACUAGUUUGCAGACACUUGUAAAUGUAAAUUGGUAUUAUGUAAUAUGUCACAUUAAAGAUUGCUCUAUAGACUGCAGAGAAAGCAGCUUUUGAA